AAUUUCUUACUCAUCUGUCUUCAUCUUCUCUAACUACUGCAGGAGAUGUACUCAAAGGGAAUAAUCCCCCUCACUGCCAUAUCCACAGUACGGGCCCAAGGAGACAACAAAUUUGAAAUUGUUACAACACAAAGGACUUUUGUUUUUAGAGUAGAAAAAGAAGAAGAGAGGAAUGAUUGGAUCAGUGUAUUAUUAAGUGCACUGAAGUCGCCAUCACUUACAUCACAGUUGCAAGCAGCCGUGUCACCUGAGAAAUGUGGAUAUCUUGAAUUGAGAGGCUAUAAAGCCAAAAUUUUUACUGUGUUAAGGGGCAACAGUGUGUGGCUUUGCAAAAACGAGCAGGAUUUUAAGAGUGGACUUGGCAUUACCAUAAUUCCUAUGAAUGUUGCAAAUGUGAAGCAAAUAGAUCGAGCUGUGAAACAGUCUUUUGAGAUAAUCACUCCCUACAGGAGUUUCAGCUUCACAGCCGAUUCGGAGAAAGAAAAACAGGAAUGGAUUGAAGCUGUGCAGCAGUCGAUAGCGGAAACUCUCUCUGAUUAUGAAGUAGCCGAAAAGAUUUGGUUUAAUGAAUCCAACAGGAGCUGUGCAGAUUGUAAGGCCCCGGACCCUGACUGGGCAUCCAUCAAUCUCUGUGUCGUCGUCUGUAAGAAGUGCGCAGGACAACAUAGAUCUUUGGGACCAAAGGACUCGAAAGUGAGAAGUCUGAAAAUGGAUGCCAGUAUUUGGAGCAAUGAACUCAUCGAGCUAUUUAUUGUCAUUGGAAACAAGAGAGCAAAUGACUUUUGGGCUGGUAACCUUAAAAAAGAUGAAGAAUUACAGAUGGAUUCACCAGUGGAUAAGAGAAAAAUCUUUAUUACCCAGAAAUACAAAGAGGGAAAAUUCAGAAAGACAUUUUUAGCAUCUCUAACCAAAGAAGAGUUAAAUAAGGCUCUGUGUGCUGCAGUAGUGAAGCCAGAUGUGCUGGAAACUAUGGCUCUGCUCUUCAGUGGAGCCGAUGUCAUGUGUGCCACAGGAGACCCUGUGUACUGUACCCCCUACCUGCUGGCCAAGAAGGCUGGGCAGAGUCUGCAGAUGGAAUUUCUGUACCAUAACAAGUUCUCAGAUUUCCCUCAGUACGAUGCUCAUUCUGAGGGUGGGUCAAGUCAGGAGGCUACACAGUCCACGUUCCUCUGUGACUUCUUAUAUCAGGCCACCGCCUCUGCCUCUAGAGUCUCCACAGAGAAGAAGCUACUUGAAGAGACAAAUAAAAAAUGGUGUGUAUUGGAAGGUGGCUUCUUGAGUUACUAUGAAAAUGACAGGUGUACCACACCUAAUGGUACCAUUAACAUCAGUGAAGUUAUCUGCCUGACUGUCCAUAAAGAGGACUUCUAUUUGAAUACUGGGCCCAUCUUCAUCUUUGAAAUCUACUUACCUUCAGAACGUGUCUUUUUGUUUGGAGCUAAAACAUCUCAGAUUCAAAGAAAAUGGACAGAGACAAUAGCCAAGCGUUUUGUUCCCUUUGUUGCUGAAAACUUAACAGAAGCUGACUAUGAUCUGAUUGGUCAACUCUUCUACAAAGACUGCCAUGCUCUGGACCAGUGGAGAAAAGGCUGGUUUGCUAUGGACAAGUCUAGCUUGUAUUUUUGCCUUCAAACGCAAGAAGUUCAGGAAGAGAGGAUGCACCUAAGAAGACUACAGGAACUAACAAUCAGCACAGUGGUUCAAAAUGGAGAAAAAGUAGAUGUGUUACUCUUGGUAGAAAAAGGGAGAACACUAUACAUCCACGGGUACACCAAGUUGGAUUUCACAGUCUGGCGUAAUGCAAUUGAAAAAGCAGCAGGUACAGAUGGUAACACAUUACAAGAUCAGCAGCUCUGCAAGAAUGACGUCCCCAUUAUUGUGAACAGCUGCAUAGCAUUUGUUACACAGUAUGGAUUGGGAUGCAAAUACAUUUAUCAAAAGGAUGGUGAUCCUUUGUCUAUAAGUGAACUCCUGGAGAGUUUCAAGAAAGAUGCAAGGAGUGUUAAGUUGCGAGUUGGAAAACAUCAACUUGAAGAUGUGACAGGCGUGCUGAAGAGUUUUCUGUCUGACAUUGAUGAUGCUCUCCUCACCAAGGAGCUCUAUCCCUACUGGGUCUCAGCAUUAGAUACACAAGAUGAAAAGCAAAGAACUGACAAGUACAGAGCCUUUAUAUGCUCUCUUCCUGGGGUCAACAGAGCAACACUGGCGGCUCUAAUUGAACACCUUUACAGGGUUCAGAAAUGCUCAGAAAUCAAUCACAUGAAUGCCCAUAACUUGGCACUGGUCUUUUCAUCCUGCUUAUUUCAAACUAAGGGACAAACUAGUGAAGAAGUGAAUGUAAUUGAAGAUCUAAUUAAUAAUUAUGUGGAAAUAUUUGAGGUUAAAGAAGACCAAGUCAAACAAAUGGACAUAGAAAAUAGCUUUAUAACCAAGUGGAAAAACACUCAAGCAUUCGUACAUUGUUUGAUGAAAUCACUGGAACGACUUAAGGUGUCCCAGGCUGGAGACUUGUUAAUCGAAGUGUUUGCAGAAAGAAAGGAACCUGACUGUAGUAUUAUAAUCCGGGUAUCUCCUGUGAUGGAAGCGGAAGAGUUAACGAAUGAUAUAUUAGCAAUAAAAAAUAUUCUUCCUAAGAAAGGUGAUAUUUGGGCCACAUUUGAAGUCAUUGAAAAUGAAGAGCUAGAGCGUCCACUUCACUAUACAGAGAAUGUGUUGGAGCAGGUGCUUCAGUGGAGUUCAUUAGCUGAACCCGGUUCUGCUUAUCUUGUGGUGAAGAGGUUCUUAACCAUUGACACAAUUAAGCAGUGCAGAGAGAAAAGUAUCAAGGAAGGCAUCUUAAAACUCAAAGAAGAACCAUCUAAAAUACUGUCUGGGAAUAAGUUUCAAGACCGAUGUGUUGUUUUACGAGAUGGACAUCUCUUUAUUUACAAGGAUCCAAAGAGCACCAAACAUGAAAAGAUGUUUCCUCUUAGGUUGAUGAAGUUUUAUCUUGGUGUCAAGAAGAAAAUGAAGCCCCCAACCAGUUGGGGAUUGACAGCCUGUUCUGAAAAACACCACUGGCACCUAUGUUGUGACAGUUUACAAGCCCAGAUGGAGUGGAUGGCCAGUAUCUUUAUUGCUCAGCAUGAAAAUGAUAUAUGGCCACCAGCUGGAAAGGAACGAAAACGUUCAAUAACCAAAAAUCCCAAGAUUGGAGGUUUACCUCUGAUUCCUAUCCAACAUGAGAAAAAUGCAACUCAGGCCCGUAAGAAUAUUGAGAUGGCAAGAGCAGAACUUGAAAGACUGCGGCUGAGUGAAAGGCAUGACCGAGACUUUACAGACUCCAGCUUAAAAGACAGAGCUUCCAUCAUAGGCUACUGCUUGGAGCACAAAGAUGAGAAACUUCGAAAUCGUGCCAGAAAACAUCGCAGUUUCAACUGUCUGGAGGACACAGAGGCAGAGGUCCCGCCUGGCCUCCCAAAGGGUUAUAAAGGUCUAAAGACAGUGAAGAAGACAGAGGACAGAAACAGCAAAGCCACAUUAGAACCCAAUAAUAAGCUGCCAUCGAAGGUCAUUGAGGAACUUAGUGUGGUUCUCCAGAGGUCAAGAUCCCAUCCUAAAGAGUUACCAGAUGAGCAAACGUUAUAGAAAGAGAUAAAAUAGAUCAUCGCACAAGUUAUUUUUUUUAACAUUGUAUACACUGUGUGCAAAACAAAUCAAACUGUAAUUCUUGAGUUUCUAUAUCUAGUAUGAAUUUGUCUGUAUUUAAGCAAUUUGUUUAUCUAUACUGAAGCACUGAAAGAGCAUUUUAAAAUAUGUAUAUAUGUGGUUACCUGUAAGAUCAACUUUAUUUUGGUCUGGAAACUUGAAAAGUUCAACCAUAUUAACUUUAUAAAGUCUUUGAGUCACUCUAAGUGACCAGCUCUUUGAAAGUAGAUGUGUUAAGUGGGUUAAUUUAUGAUCAGAAAUCUGUACUUUAUUGUAUAAAAUGCUGUGUUUAUGAAUCCUAUGAAUUUGUAUCAUAAUUUGCACUUUGAGAUGCUUGUAAGUUAAGUUGUCAUGUGGUUUUAGGUUAAUAUAGGGUCCAUCUUAGGGAAAGAAAAGGGAAGGUAGUUCCAAAAGGGAAAGAUACUGCAAUGGCUGCUUAACAAACAUUGGGAAGAAAGGCAAGAGAGUAAAAAACAUUCCACUACCCAUGGAGGUAUCCUAAGUCACUAUGGAACAAACCUUGCUAAGGAGAACCUCCUUGUUAAGAAAAGAAUCCUCAGUGUCUUGAGUGUUUCCAACAAAAAUAUUGAGCUGGCCUAUGUUGAUAAUGGCAGUGACUGCUGUCAUUUAUGGUGUCAGUAGUCAGGCCCCAUGACAUACUACACCAGAGCAACUGUCUUUGAGUGCCUGCUCAGAGGAACUUACCUUGCACUGAAGAGUGUGCAUGGGCCCAGCACAGGUGUUGCUGUAUGCAGACAGUUCUUUAGGGUUCCAAACUGUAUUUUUGGUACGAAUGAAAUUCAUCACCAUGGGGUCGUUUGGCUUUUUUUUUCUUUGUUGCAUUUUUUUUUGUUUGUUUCAUUUCUUAAUGUAACAUAAAAUGUUUUCUUCUGCGUUGUCAGUGUCUACUGAAAGUGGGCAAUCUGGCUACUUAUGCAACACGUUUGCAGGCAGGCAGGUCACGUUCCAAUUUAGCCUUUUCUCUCUACCUGUGGAAAUGAAAUAGCCCUGUGUUUUGGUUGCCACUUAAUAAUCGGGUAUAGAUUUGAUAAUGUUCCUUCUGACUACAUUAGCUUUUAACAGUUUAUGUCAAAGACAGCACUUUUCAUAGAUUCUUUCCAAGUCAAGUCAAGUUGGUUUGGCGACUCUUAGAACUGGAAGGUUUUGUUGUUGUUGUUGUUGUUUUGUCCUCUUCUGUAUUUUCUCUCCUAUUUAUGACAUGUCUGGUCUAUGAGCUCAAGCCUUUGUUUUACGUACUCACAGGAAAGCAGCAUGCUAUGAAUUACUAGGUCCAUCUCACUCAGAUAUGCUAACCACAUGUAUUUGUUGAAGAUAGCAGAGUUAACUAGGAGCCAGUGGAAUCUAUUCCUUACAUCCAAAUAAACUGUAAAGGAAAUAAAAAGUGAAACUACAGGGCAGUUGCCACUACGGAGGAUCCUUCCUUCAAAGACAGAUCUUGUGUUGUUUGGGAAGCAAAGCUUAAUUUUUAGUAAAUUUGUUUCUAAUAUGUAAUCAUAUUUAUAUUUUUAUUCAAUAAAGAGAUAUAUGGAAAUAAUGUUACUGGCCUUGUUGGGAAAGUUUUAGGUGCUUUGGCCUACCUUAUUAGAAUUUCUCCUGAGAGUUGACCUUAAAAAUCUAUCACAUCUGUUUCUCUUCUUUUCGUGAGCAAUUAUCUCCACUUUUCAAAUGUAACAUAAGGGCUAAUGAUCACCUCAUACGUAUUUUGAGUAACAGUUAAAAUAGUUUUACAAGUCCAGUAAAAUAUGCCCCUUGUGUGUCUUCUUUAUUCUCAGAAAUUUAAAGUUAUUCCGAUGAAAUAAAUCAAGUACUUUAUUCGUUUUUUUUUUCUGUUUUAAAAAAUAGAAUGUAAUACAAUACUUCUGUCUUCCAUCAUUUUAAAAAUACCUAAGAAUAAAUGUUAUUUUAUUUUAAAGUCUGAA